AUAGACAAAACCUUCCAGCGUGUCCUUCAAUCGCAGACACACAACACUCGGCGUCCUCUGUUGCCCAGACCCGUGAGGCUUUUCGCACACGAGGUACUGCCAUCAUGAGGCUUUCCGCACUCUCUGUUGGGCUUCUGGCCCUAUUGCCCCCGCUCACGGCGGCAUGGACAAAAGAAGACCGCGAAAUCUUCCGUGUUCGUGAUGAGCUUAUUGCCCACGAGGGUCCGGACGUUACGUUCUACGACUUCCUGGAAGUCAGCCGGUCGGCAAGCAUCGACGACAUCAACAAGGCGUACAAGAAGAAGUCGCGGCAGCUCCAUCCGGACAAGGUCAGGCAGCAGCUCACCGCCGAGCGCAUCAAGGCGCAGAAAGACAAGGCGAAAGGCAAAAAGGGCAAGCCGGGCGUUCAUGUAACGAAACCGCCCACGUCUGCCGAGAUCAAGGCCGCCGUAAAGCGAGCCUCGGAGCGCCAGGCCCGCUUGUCCAUUGUCGCCGAUGUCCUGCGCGGACCCGGUCGUGAUCGGUACGACUACUUCCUUGCAAACGGAUUCCCCACUUGGAAGGGCACCGAGUACUACUAUAGCCGCUACCGCCCCGGCCUGGGCACCGCCAUGUUUGGCGUGUUCCUCUUCGCUGGCGGCGCUGCCCACUAUCUUGCGCUCUACAUGAGCUGGAAGAGACAGCGCGAGUUUGUCGAGCGCUACAUCAAGUUUGCACGGCACGCCGCUUGGGGGGAGAACCUCGGCAUCAACAUCCCGGGUGUUGAUGGGCAGCCCGCUGCCGCUCCUGCUCCGCCGCCCCCUGCACAGCCCAUGUACCAGGACGAAGAAGGGCGCGCAAUGCCGAUGAACCGGAAGAUGCGCAGGAUGCAGGAACGCGACGCGAAGAAGGACGCGGCAAAGGACACGCAGGGCGCUGGGCGCAAGGCACGCCGCGGGCGCGGAACCCCUUCUGCGUCAGGAUCUGCAACGCCACAGCCGGCGCCUCAAGGUAGUGGCCCGACUGGGACGAAGAAGAGGGUUGUUGCCGAGAAUGGGAAGGUCUUGGUUGUGGAUUCCCUGGGCGACGUCUACUUAGAGCAGGAGGACGAAGACGGGAAUGUGGCUGAGUUCCUGCUUGAUCCCAACGAGCUCGCCUGCCCCACCUUCAAAGACACAGCCGUCGUGCGUCUCCCGCUGUGGGCCUACCGCCUGACGGUCGGACGCCUCCUGCCGAAGCGCGCUGAGGGCGCGGGAGAAGACGAGGGGGAGGAGAUCACGGAGGGUGAAGUGCUGGACAAUGACGACACGGGUUCCGAGCCCGGCAAGCCCACGCCGAGCUCAGGUUCCGCCGAGGACUUCGAGAUUCUCGAGAAAUCGGUAGACGAGCUCGGUCAGGCCAAGACUAGUGGCACCCAGAAGCAGGGAGGCAAGGCCAGCAAGCGCAAAAACAAAAGGAGGUGACGGGUUGUGUAGUGUCGUAGAGAUGGUGUCAAAAAUAUUGCUUUUGCGCCUGGGUUAUCAGCACGGAGGUAUGUCAUCCAAGCUGGGAUAGGUAUUGUACCCAUGAAAUAGAAUACAAGU